AUGGUGUGGGAUGCUACUUCACCAUCUUUCCUUUCUGUUUCCCUGCCCCCUGCCUGUUCCCUCUCCGCACGCGCCAUGGCCCGCGCAUGCACGGGGGCGAGCAGGAUGUGUCGCAAAAAGGGGCAGUUUGCGUCCAACCGAGGGGGGGGCGCCUUUUUUGAGGACGCGCCGGCCGACAUGGGGGAGAGCGCCACCCAUGACCGCCCUGAUGCCGCCCCUGAAGCCAUCUGCCAGCACUGUGGCACGGGGGAGAAGGCGACUCCCAUGAUGCGCCGCGGGCCGCAGGGGCCACGCACGCUCUGCAACGCAUGUGGGCUCAUGUGGGCCAACAAGGGUGUGUUGCGGGAUCUCAGCAAGGGCCCGCCUGCCAUCCCCGUGCUCGCGCACCUGCCAUCCGCGCCACAAGGGGUGCAACCCGGAGCAGCAGGGGCGGCAGGGGCGGCAGGGGGGGCAGGGGGAGCAGGGGGCGCAGCAGGAUCUGCAAUGGCAGCGAUGCAUGGCAUGGCAGCGGGCAUGGGGGCAGGUGCGGGGGCAGGUGCGGGGGCAGGUGCAGAGGCGGAGGCAGAGGCAGGUGGGGGGGCAGGCUUGCAACAUCAAGGCCCUGCGAGCGCCGCUGCUGUGGCAGCAGACCCCACGGAAGUGGGGUUCCCGCCCGCUCGCUUCUCACCGUCACCCUCUCGUGUGUGCCUCUGCCCCUCCUCUCCCUCGCAGGGCCCUGCAAGCACGGCUGCUGCGGCAGCAGACGCCACUGAAGUGGGGUUCCCCGCCCAGCCCGCACGCCUGCCUCCCCACCACCUGCAGCACCUGCACCACCUGGGCUUGGGCGCUCAGCAAGCGGGGGAGGAGGUGGCGCAGGAGCAGCAGGAGGGCGUGGAGGAGGAGGAUGAGAAGGGCCAGGAGCAGGCGACACAUGAGCAGCAGUUGUCUGAAGGGGACGGGCAGGAGCGGCAAGAUGGGGAGGAGGAGGGCGAGCAGGGCGAGGAGGGGCAGAGACGGGUGAAGAGGAGGCGAGAGGAGGUAGGGGACGGAGCUGAUGACACUGAUGGGGAGGAGGUUGGGGUGGAGGGGCGCACUGGGGGCGGUGGGGUGGACGGCGGGGCGAGAGGGGAUGAGGAAGGGGGAGGGGGGGAUGGGGAGGGUGGAAUGGAGCAGAGUGCGUUUGGCAUGGGAGGGACCGAGAGGGGCCGUGGGGAUGGGCGGGGAGGGGCGGGAGAGUGGGUCAGGGAAGGGGAAGGGGACGGGGAGGGGGAGGGGGAGGGAGGAGGGGCAGGGGAGAGAAGGGAAAGGAGGUUGUCAGGAGAGGCAGAGGAGGAUGGGGAGGUGGAGGCGGGGCGGCAGCGGAGGGCAGGAGGCGAAGGGGUGGAGGAAGGGGAGAGAAGCGAGGGCGAGGGAAAGGUGGAUAGUCCGAGCUGA